GAAUAUAAGUGCUGGAUAAGCGUGGUACUGCUUAUUCCGCUUUAAUCUUGCGCUUAGCGAAAAUGUUACGCCACAUAACGUUCUUCGCGGUCUUCACCAUCGUCAGCUUUAGUGCUCUCGCCAGUGCCGACACCAACGCGUUGCUGAACAAUGGACGCAUCGUAGGUGGCUCCAAUGCUGAUAUACGUCAAUUUCCACAUCAGGUGUCGCUGCGCUACAAAGGAUCACAUUUCUGUGGUGGCAGUAUCUACUUGCCGAACAUCAUCGUGACAGCCACGCAUUGUGUGUCUGAUGAGGACGCUACGGGUUUAACCAUAGUCGCUGGCUCAACAACACUGCUUGAGACCCCCGCCGUCGAAGUGGCGGUUGUGAAAGUCAUAAUCCACGAAAAAUAUAAUCUACUCAACGAUUAUGAUGUGGCUAUUUUAGUAUUGGAGAGUAAUUUGACAUUCAGCGAGUCCAUUCAACCCAUCGCACUGGCCAAGGAACGUCCACCGACAGGCACUGAGGUGACCGUCACCGGUUGGGGUACACUCGAAGAAGGCGGCGCCUAUUUGAGUAAUCAAUUGCAGCAGGUGCAGGUUAAUUUGGUGGACCAGACAAAAUGUCGCAGAACGUAUUUCUAUCUUGUGACGAGCCGUAUGCUGUGCGCUAAUGUGGAGGGUGGCGGUAAAGAUUCCUGCCAAGGUGAUUCGGGUGGCCCACUAAUUGUUGGCAAUGAAUUGUUGGGCAUUGUCUCAUGGGGUUCUGGCUGUGCGAGCAGCAUCUACCCAGGUGUGUACGCAUCGGUACCCGAUUUAUAUGCCUGGAUAGAGGCGACGGCCAAUGAAAAUUCGAAUUCUGUUGAUGAAGUCGAGCGAUCUUCAUAUUUGUAAAUAUAAUGCAACCUUUGGAGUUACUACUUGAGAUAAAAGUGUGAUUAUUUAUGAUUUCGCUUAUUUAUAACACGAUCGAUUAUCGGAAAUGUUAAAUAAUCUAUAAAUAUAGCAAAGUCAUACGUAUAAGAUCCAAGCGUAUACGUAAUAAGUACUAAA